AUGUAUCAUUGUUUGAACAACUCACACUCACUUCUUUUAAUUUGUGUCAACCCGUCUGCACAUUAUGAAUACAAGACCAAUCACAAUAAAAACAAGCCCAAUCAUCAAAAUGAGACCAAUCAGAGUGAACACAGGACUGAACACAAUGAAAAGAACAAGACCAAUCAUCACAGUGGAAGGAACAAGCCCAAUCAUCACAAUGAAACCAAGCGCAAUCGCACUCACAACAAGAGCAAUCAUGGAAAGAAUCCAUCUUAG